AUGCGAGCCUGUUCAAUUCUCCGCCGUCGCAUUCAUUCCUCGGCCCAAUUCGUACAACGCGCACAGAUCUUCCCCGACGGCCCUCGACUCCGGUCCCAUCCACUCGCGCGACAAUACUCCACCUACCCACGCCCGGAACCACCAACAGAAACAUCCUCUUUUUGGAUUACAUUUACCCUACUCGCAGUUGGAGGAGGUGCCUGGAUUCAUCACUGCUUUCAACCCUCCGAUAAACCCUCCGAUCUCCCAUCGAGACCCCGGCUGUCUCCGCAAGGUCAAGACCCUUUUCUCGGUAUAAUUGAUACUCUCCAAACUAUGCCUGGCGAACCAGCCCCAGGGUUCAUUGGGAACAUCACCUCGGAACAAGAGGCGAAGCUGCAAGAACUAUGGAUUUUAACCCUCAAGGUCUUUGGCGUGCCACUCGAUGCUCUAGAAACUAGCUCGGGCGCCACCAGUGAAGCUGCCCCGGCCGGUCCCUCACAGGAUAAAAAGAAGCCUGCUAAGCGUGGAUGGGGACUAUUCGGUCGUAGUACUGAAGAUGAUGACAAUGAUUCGAAGAGUGUCUCAUCGGCCAGUGGUGUCACCACCAGUCUCUCCACCAUCGACAUCGCCGACAGCGAUGACAAAUUCGGCCAAUCGAAGGAAUUCCAACAGGCGCUCGAAAGCAUGAAGCCGGAGGAUAUUCGCACUGCGUUCUGGAAUCUGGUCAAGCAUGAUAACCCCGAUGCGCUGCUGCUGCGGUUCUUGCGCGCGCGUAAGUGGGAUGUCAAGAAGGCUUUGGUCAUGAUGAUCUCUACCAUGCGGUGGCGCUUGCAGGAGAUGCAUGUGGACGACGAUAUCAUGGCCAAUGGUGAGGCGUUGGCUUUGAAGCAGUCUCAGGGCUCGGACCCGAAAGAGAAAAAGAAAGGAGAUGAUUUCUUGUUUCAGAUGCGCAAGGGCAAGAGCUUUCUCCACGGCGUCGACCGAGCUGGUCGACCUAUCUGUGUUGUUCGAGUACGACUUCACCGAGCUAAUGAGCAAGAUGCCGAAGGUUUGGAGCGGUUUACUGUCUAUACCAUUGAAACCGCUCGGUUGCUUUUGGCGCCUCCUGUCGAGACUGCGACCAUUGUUUUUGACAUGACCGAUUUCUCAAUCGCCAACAUGGACUACACACCUGUGAAAUUUAUGAUCAAGUGCUUCGAAGCCAAUUACCCCGAGUCCCUCGGAGCCGUCCUGAUUCACAAGGCCCCUUGGCUCUUCUCCAGCAUCUGGGGCAUUAUCAAGGGCUGGUUGGACCCCGUCGUCGCGGCCAAGAUCCAUUUCACCAAGAACCGUCAUGACCUGGAGAAAUUCAUUGCCCCAGGACAAAUCAUGAAAGAACUGGAAGGCGACGAAGACUUUGAGUAUAAAUACAUCGAGCUCAAAGAGGGAGAAAACGCCAAGAUGGAGGAUACAGAAACCCGCGACCGAUUAAUCGCCGAACGCCAGGAACUCGCUAAGGAGAUCCAAGAUCUGACGGUUGAAUGGCUUCGAGCUAGUAAGAAGAAAGAGUCUGAUGCUUCUUCUGCUGCUAAGGAGAAGCGUAGUGGUUUGAUCGAGAAGCUGCGUAAGCAGUACUGGGAGCUUGACCCGUAUAUUCGAACACGCUCUCUAUAUGAUCGCCUCAACAUUAUCCAGGACCAUGGAAAGAUUCAGUUCUACCCAGAUGCUGAGAAGGGGGAUAACAAGUCAGCAUCGGAGGAGACUGCUGAGUAA